GGGCGGUGGGAGCGAGGGCAGUCGCCUGGUGGCCCGCCCCUCGGCUCCGGGGUAGGCUGAGACGGGAGGGUCCUCGGCUAAAGCCCAAAGCGGAUCAAAGUGGUGGUACUCGCGCCGCGGCCGUGGAGACGUGAAGCCCGCAGCCCGCAGCCGGAGCUCCGCACGCCUCCUCCGAUCCGCUCGGUGCUCGCCCUCGCUGCCCUCCCCGUCCCCAUGGAGAAAACGGAGCUGAUCCAGAAGGCGAAGCUGGCCGAGCAGGCCGAGCGCUACGACGACAUGGCCACCUGCAUGAAGGCCGUGACGGAGCAGGGCGCCGAGCUAUCCAACGAGGAGCGCAACCUGCUGUCGGUGGCCUACAAGAACGUGGUCGGGGGCCGCCGGUCCGCCUGGAGGGUCAUCUCGAGCAUCGAGCAGAAAACCGACACCUCGGACAAGAAGUUGCAGCUGAUUAAGGACUACCGGGAGAAAGUGGAGUCGGAGCUGCGGUCCAUCUGCACCACGGUCCUGGAAUUGCUGGACAAGUACUUAAUAGCCAACGCAACUAACCCGGAGAGCAAGGUCUUCUACCUGAAGAUGAAGGGCGACUACUUCCGGUACCUGGCUGAGGUCGCGUGUGGCGACGACCGCAAACAAACGAUAGAUAAUUCCCAAGGAGCUUACCAAGAGGCUUUUGAUAUCAGCAAGAAGGAGAUGCAGCCCACUCACCCAAUUCGCCUGGGGCUGGCUCUGAACUUCUCCGUGUUCUACUACGAGAUCCUGAAUAACCCGGAGCUGGCCUGCACACUGGCUAAAACGGCUUUCGACGAGGCCAUUGCAGAGCUCGAUACACUGAACGAAGACUCCUACAAAGACAGCACCCUCAUCAUGCAGCUGCUUAGGGACAACCUCACACUAUGGACAUCAGACAGCGCCGGCGAAGAGUGCGACGCGGCGGAAGGGGCAGAGAACUAACCACGUGCAGGGCGCCACCCGCCUUCCCUCCGGAAGCCUUUGUACACAUCUCCGUUCCUUACUCCGCGGGGCUCCCUAGAGCAGAGAGCCCCACUCAUGUGUAUGGAGUCAACUGUUUCUAGUCUUCUCACACUGCAGCUUUGGGAGAACUCCAGUCCUUGAUUUGUGUUUGUCUUGGCCUUCCUGGUGUGCGGUUACUGCUGUAGACAAGUAUUAAUAGCUUCAUUUCACAUCAACAUAAGUAACUUCCAAACACUUACGUAGAGGACUAAAAAUGUAUCUGGUAUUUAAGUAAUCUGAACCAGUUCUGCAAGUGGCUGUGUUUUGUAUUACUGUGAAGAUUUGAAAAUGUAGUUAAUUACAAUUUAAAGAGUGUUUUACAUAACUUCUUCUUUCUACAUUCCCUCCCUUGCUCUUCUUUGGGGGCUUCCUUUCAGCAAGCGCUUCUCCACGUUCAUGUAUCCCUUUCGGGUAGGACCCCAGAGGUUUUAGAUUGAAUGAAAACGCAUUCGGCAUUUCUGGGCUGGGGGUCACAAACGGGAACGUCUCCUGUGUCAGGUGGUGGGGGGCUUGCGUGUCUGUGGCAACAGGGGUUUCCUUCUUUACUCUUCAUUUGCUGCUGUUUCGGUUGACAACUUCCCUCCCUAAUAAAAAUUCACUUAUACCUCUGGCCUUUGUAGUUCUGGUAUUCACUUUCCUAUGUAGUAGAAGUAGCAUGUUGCUGCCAGAACACAAGCGUUGCUUUCGGUAAAUUCAAGUGCAUGUCAUUUCUUAAUGCAGUGGGAUGGGGAACAAGUUGAAGUCCACAAGUCCAAGUCCGACACCUUAGUGCUUCUCCGUGCGGAUGUGUACACGGGUGGGAGGGAGCCCGGCGUGUCCGGUGACCGUCCGGAGCCGGACCGCCGCCGUGCAUUGCUGAUCGUGGGCUGUAGUCCCAGAACGCCUUGUGAAAAUGUUGUGCCCUAUGUAACAGCAGAGUAACGUAAAAUAAAAUUACAUUUUAUAAACCACUUACCA